AUGAGCCGCGCCUCGCCGGCGCCCCCGCUGGACGGCGUGGUCCUCCUCGAAGAGAUCCUCGAGGAGAUCCUCCUCCGCCUCCCUCCGCAGCCCUCCUCCCUCCCGCGCGCAUCCCUCGUGUGCACGCGCUGGCGCCGCAUCCUCGCCGACCCCGACUUCCGCCGCCGCUUCCGCGAGCACCACGACAAGCCGCCCAUCUUCAACCCCACGGCGACGGGCGAGCGGGACCGCAUCCCACCCGCGCGCUUCUCCGCGCCAUGGAGCCUGGGCGAGGGCUGGGAGUUUCUCGGCUGCCGCCACGGCCUCGCCCUCCUCAUCUGCCGGGCGCGCCGCGAGGUCGUCGUGUGGGAUCCCCUCACGGGCCACCAGCGCCGCGUCGGGUUUCCACCGGGGUGGAAGUCCGUCCAGAACGCCGCGGUGAUGUGCGCCGCCGGCGGCGGCCAAGAUGGGCAUGUGCACGGUGACUGCCGGUUCACCCCAUUUAGAUUGGCCUUGGUGCGCAGUGAUUCUACCGGCACACGCCAUUUUGCAUGCCUCUACGAGUCAGAGUCUGGUGUGUGGGGUGAUAUUGUUUCAGUAGAGUCUGCACAUUCGACUUCGACUUGCAUUGCGAACCCCAGCGUCCUGCUUAGGAAUUCAUUUUGCUGGCUUAUGUCUGGAGGUGCCAUCCUGGAGUUUGAUUUUCGAAAUCACAGCCUUGCGGUGACCCAGAAGCCAGCAGACGCUCAUCCGAUUUUACAUGGAGCUCCCGACCACUACUGGUCCUUUUACGCGAUACGAACAGAGCAUUGUGGCCUGGGCCUUGCUGUUUUGUCAGACACAGAUUAUGUAAGCAAGAUCAUCCAAUUGUGGGAGAGGAAAUCUGACUGCGAUGGUGUUGUUGGAUGGGAGCUGCAGAAAACCAUUCAACUAGACGGGCUCUUUUCACCACGACCAGAAAUGGGGCAGAAUGCUAUUCUGAUGCAGGGGUACGAUGAGGACACCAAUGCGAUUUUUCUAUCUACGUUUUUCGGGGACUACAUGCUCCAGCUUGAGUCCACGCGGUUCACAAAUCUUUUUAAAACACGAAGGCGUUACAUUUCUAGCAGUACCUAUUGUCCCUACAGAAAUUUCUACAUUACAGGCAGCGGAGUUGGUGGAGCUGAAAUGCCAAUGCAUUAGAUUAUUGGAUGAUUCUCCCGUUAGGCUUGCACUUUGGGGAAUUCAGCUGCUUUAUGGAGCCACCUCCACCUUAUUGGUUUUGACUUGGUGGCGUGCCACAUGCUCGAACUCGGAGUACUGUGUGUUAAUGUUGUAUAAUGUGUUAAUGUUGUAUAAUUUGUUCUGUAAUGUCAAAGCUAGUAGACUGAAAUAUGCUGAGAGGCCCUCAGAUUAGUUAUUUAACUAGUAGGAACUCGAUGACUGCAUGUCACACUGCUUCAAAUGUUA